UGAAAAAUAAUUUACUUUUGUCUAAGAUUCAGCAAUAUCGAGAAUGCGUUGUUUGUGCUCGACUUAUUGACUCUUACGACGAUGAGUCAGCUGUUUUCCUUAUUGAUUGGAAUGAUCAGGAAUCUUCAGAACUCAUCUCUCUAAUGAUUCUAUGAUGUUUCUAUUGAUGUGACGGUAUCACAGUCGAGAAAAACAAUGAUAUUCAUAGUGAUUCCAGAGUCAGUGGAAUCAUGUAGAAUCACACGGAAUCACACGGAAUCACACGGAAUCACUUGGAAUCACAUAGAAUCACAUAGAAUCAAUAGAAUCACGUAGAAUCAAUAGAAUCACAUAGAAUCACAUAGAAUCACAUAGAAUCAAUAGAAUCACAUAGAAUCACAUGGAAUCAUGGAAUCACGGAAUCACGGAAUCAGCUUUUUCCCCCUUGAGUUUAUCAUACAUGUGUAUUUAUAUUUUCGAGAAAUAUUUAAAUUCUGAUUGAAUGUUAUUAUUGAAUACUAAAAUUUCAUAUGAAAUCUACAUAAUUAAAAAGAAAUUUUUUAUAUUCAGUAUGGUCAUUUAAUUGGUCUUUGUGAAUCGACACAUAAACAUUUUCAAAUGGUAAUUACAAAAGUUCUUGGUCGUAAUAUGGAUUCCAUUGUUGUUCAACGUGAAACUACUGUUCAAUCAUGUUUACACUAUAUGAAAGUACAUUGUUAUGAAUCCAAAACAUUUUUAUCACUUGAUUAUGUUAUAGUAACACCAGUGAAUGAAUAG